UUCUCCACCCUUCACCUCACCAAUUAUCCCACCAUGGCUUCCUCCGACCUCACACACCGCCCCAUCCACCAACAAACCCCCACCACCAACGACGACGACAUGAACCGCAAAAAGCCCAAGAACAGCGCGGCGGCCGCCCGCGGGCUGAAGUCGCUGAGCGUGGCCGUGGCGCUGCCCCUCUCCCUCACCCUCCUGGACAUCUUCCUCUUCGGCUCCUCCUCCCGCUACCGCACCCUCCACAAGCCCUUCUACGUGCCCCCCCUCUGGGCCCUCCACCUCGCCUGCAUCACCACCGCCUUCCUCUCCGGCCUCUCCGCCUGGCUCGUCUGGGCCGAGGGCGGCUUCCACCGCCACCCCGCUGCGCUGGCCUUGUACCUCGUGCAGCUGGCGCUCAGCCUCGUGUGGUACCCUCUUGUGUUGCGGGCCGGUGCCGUCCGCCUCGGGCUGCUGCUGUGUGCUGCCUUGUUUGGGGCGCUGGUGGGCUGCGCGAGGGCGUUCCGGAAUAUGAAUCCCAUCGCGGGGGAUUUGGUGAAGCCGUGCUUGGCGUCGGCGCUGCUGCUCGCCGCUGCCAAUGUUAGGCUCGUGUAUCAAUGAUCGAUGAUCAGGAUUUUGAUGUUGUACCUCUGUUUUUAUACUUGAUGUUUCAAUUCACUUAUCCACACUGUAAAAAUAUAAUGUUUCAGCUUUUUUACAUGAAUCUUUUUCUCUUUUCAA